AUGUUGUUCGCUGGUGGGGGGCGCAGUCAGGUAGGGUACAUAUGCAUAAUCAAUUUGGAGGAAGUUUCGUUAGGCGCUGACUUAGCAGAACAAUGUAUGUAUGCAGUUUUGGGAGGCAGUCGAUCUUGGGGGGGGGGUGUUUGGUUUAGCAUUUUACUGUCUUUAAUUUCACUCUCUCUUUUCAGAAGUAUUUUGAGUUCUGUUUAG